ACAGACAUUCAUAAUGUAAAUAUUGACGUUGUAGUUGGUUCGCCUGGCCCAGGAAUUCUUUAUCUUUAUCAGGAGAUAAACCAAAUGUAGACUAAUUGUGCGCAUUUCAUGACAGAAAAUGGCAGCUGCAGAUAUCAGUGUCCUCCGACGAUUAUCUGGUGCCCGACCUAAGCAGAAAAGUUCAAAUGUCUUGGAGUGUCGAGUGUGUGAGGAUAUCUUCAGUCUCCAAGGAGACAAGGUGCCCCGCCUUCUGCUGUGCGGCCACACCCUCUGUCACGAAUGUCUGUCGAGGCUGACCCUGCAGGGCAGGGCCGUCCUUUGCCCGUUUGACCGUCAACCCACCGAGCUGACCGACUCCGGUGUUUGGGGUCUCAAGAAGAAUUUUGCCCUCUUGGAACUCCUGGAGAGAUUGCAGACGUCUAAGGAGUCAAGUCUGAGUGCAGAGGGAGGCUUGAUUGGUCACCGGAAAGGAGGAAGCGGUAUACCUUGUGAUGAGAAUGAAAACCACCAGGCUGAGAUCUACUGCACGGUGUGCAGCACCAACCUAUGCACUCAGUGUGCCCAGUCAACUCAUGCAACUCGUACUCUAGCUAAACACCGACAGGUACCACUAUCUGAGAAACCGAAGGAGAAGACGGUCUGUCAGGAUCACAGCCCUCAUAUCAUAGAGUUUGCUUGUCAAGAGGUCCAGUGUCAGGCAAUGCCCCUCAUGUGCUUCGUCUGCAAGGACUACGGCAAGCAUAGGGGACAUAAGCAUACGUUACUAGAGCAAGAGGCUGACACUACCAGGUCUGUUGUGGUCGGAAUGGUUCAACAGGUACGAGUGUUCAGCGAGGAGAUCUCAGAAUCGGCCAGGAGACUCGGCGACAUCAUCCAACAGGUUGAGGGCGGUGUUGGUAUUAUUGAGGAUCUGGACGGGGUCGCUGAACCACGACAUGUACCAGGGACAGCUGAGAUGGCCAGAGCCAAGGUGCGGACGUACUUCUGUGAGCUUCACGAGACCCUGCAGAGGCAGGAGGAGGUAGCGGCCAGUGUCCUGGACACCCACAUCAGGGAGAGGCUUCACCUACUCAGGCAGCAGCAGGAACACUUUGCCCUCAUGAUGUCAAGUAUCGCCUCCAUGAGCUAUGACUGUGAAUCCAUGCUCUAUCAGGACGAUGCCAAGCUGUUGGUUUCCAAACAGGAAGUAUCAUCCCUCCAGGAUUCGCUGCAGACUCACAAGCAACAGUUCACUGACAUCACUGAGCACAUCCAACUUGAUGCAAAUAUACCAGUUACUUUCACUAAGGAUAACCGGGUACACAUUGGACCUAAGAUGGAGAUGAGAGUCGUGGUGCUAGGUCUGGAUAAUGCUGGCAAGACCACGAUCCUCUUCAAGCUCAAGCAGAAUGAAUUCAUCCAAACAAUACGCACAAUAGGGUUCAACGUUGAAACUGUGGAAUACAAGAAUCUCAAUUUCACCAUCUGGGAUGUAGGCGGAGACACCAAGCUCCGCCCACUCUGGAAACAUUACUAUCUCAACACCCAAGCACUCCUCUUUGUAGUAGAUUCAACGGAUGGGGAUAGAUUAGACGAGGCUUAUGAUGAACUGGCAAUACUCAUGUCCGAGAAACAGCUCAGGGAUGCACUCCUCCUGGUCUUUGCAAACAAACAGGAUCAACCUAAUGCCCUUAACCUGGACACCAUCAGUGACCGCCUUUGUCUCAAUAAGCUUUGCUGCGGUCGAAGCUGGUUUAUCCAGCCGUGUGAUGCCCUGAGUGGGGCGGGGCUGUGGGAUGGUCUCGAGUGGCUGUCGGCUCAGCUGGUAGCGGCAGGAGUGAUGGACCUGGCAUGAAGUCAUAACCUGGAGCUAUGUCUAGUUUAUAAGCGCCGAACCUGGUGGGAUCCAGUAUAUUGGCUUUUGUGAACUUAAUUAUUUUAAUUAAUAUGUUAAAAUAAUUAUUUUAUUUUAACUCAAUAUGUAGUUGACAAACACAAAACCUGUGCGGCAGGGCCCAUGUGCAGUAGGACCUAUGUUUAAUUAUUUUUGUAAAGUCAUGUUUUAAGAACUAUGUCUAGUUUACAUAUAUACGUGCACAAAACCUAUGUAGUCAGACCUGUUAAUAAGGUUUUUUGUUAUGUCAUACUUUAGCAUUUAUAAUGUAGAGUCCACUAUUAACAAACCUUAUGCAGUGGGACCCAGUAUAUGGUUUUGCGAUGUCAUACUUUAGCAUUUAUAAUGUAUAGUCCACUAACACAAACCUCAUGCAUUGGGACCCAGUAUAAGGAUUUUGUUAUGUCAUACUUUUAGCAUAAUGUCAACUCCACAAAAACAAUACUUAUGCAGUGGGACCCAGUAUAUGGUUUUGCGAUGUCAUACUUUAGCAUAAUGUAUAGUCCACUAAAACAAUACGUACAUGUAUGCAGUGGGACCCAGUAUAUGAUUUUGUGAUGUCAUACUUAGCAUAAUGUCUAGUCCACUAUUAACAAUACUUAUGCAGUGGGACCCAGUAUAUGGUUUUGCAAUGUCAUACUUUAGCAUAAUGUAUAGUCCACUAAAACAAUACUUACAUGUAUGCAGUGGGACCCAGUAUAAGGUUUUGUUAUGUCAUACUUAACAUAAUGUCUAGUCCACUAAAACAAUAUUUAUGCAGUGGGACUCAGUAUAAGGUUUUGUCAUACUUUAGCAUAAUGUCUAGUCCACUAAAACAAUACUUAUACAGUGGGACCCAGUAUAAGGUUUGUAUUAUAUCAUACUUUAGCUUAAUGUGUAGUUUAUAUACACAAACCUCAUGCAGUGGGACCCAGUAUAAGGUUUUUGUUAUGUCAUACUUUAGCAUAAUGUCUAGUCCACUAAAACAAUACUUAUGCAGUGGGACUUAGUAUAAGGUUAUGUCAUACUUUAGCAUAAUGUCUAGUCCACUAAAACAAUACGUAUGCAGUGGGACCCAGUAUAAGGUUUUGUUAUAUCAUACUGUAGCUCAAUGACUAGUUUACAUACUUAAAACCCAUGCAGUUUUGUUCGAUAGUUUUAUUCAUGCUGUUACUAGAGGAUUCACUUAUUUGUUUCAGCCGGGCUCAAAAGUAAUAAGUGGGCGAAAUUUAAUUUGUGUUUUUCUUAUAUAUAUAUAGUUUGAAAAAAGCAGAUUCUAAUCUGUAAGCAUUGAUUUACAUAUAAAACCUCUCAGAAUCGGUGAACUAAACCCCAUAUUACUUGAUUCAAUGUCCGCGAAUCUCAUCGAGAUAUUAAGAGAAUCACUAAGCGAAUACAUGCACACACAGUGGAUAAUAUGAACUUAUGCUUGGCUAGAUAAUGUAGGAUUAUUUUGUAAAUAGAUUUAAAUUACACAAAAUGACGCAAUAUAUAAUUAUAGUGUUAUAUGGUGAAAUUUGUAUCAAAUUUGAUCUUGUAUGUCUUUUGUUUACAAGAGCAUUUGUUAUUUGCUGUGAAAUCAUCUAAUAGGGCAUUUUGUUAUGUUUUUAAGUCGUUCAUAAUGUAUCAUUUUGUUCACUGAACUAUUUUGUUUUGUAUGAUGAACAUUUGAAGAAAAUAUGUCCCAAAGUUAGAAUGAGAAUACAUUAUUAGGAAAGACUUGUACAAUAAUUUUUUGGAACUUGACUCGUCCACCAGUGACAGAAUGUAAGAGAACUAUAAAAGAAUAUCAAAAAGUGAAGAAUUAUUGAUAGGAAAUUAGAAUAUAAUUUUUAUGUCCUGCUUAUGUUCUAUGCAUAAAUAGUUAGAGGAUUGUGCAAUAGAUGUUCGUAAAUGCAGUUAGACUGCGAUAAAUAUGAUUUUGUUAUUUAUUGAUGCUAUUUUUUAAAACUGCAUUAAUGUACUUGCUGCCUUAUUUUUUCACUUUUGAUCUACAUACAUAGACAGUGACAUGAGUUGGAACAUUCUUUGUUUUGAUUGUUUUUUCAAAUAUAAAAAAAUGGAAUAUAUAUACAUCCAUAUGAGCAUAAAAUUUAAUGAUUGUGGUCAAUGGGCUAUGACUCUCUAUAAGUGGGAAUAGGUAUCCUGUAUUUAGAUCCAGUUUCUGAUUAAACUUGCACAUACAAAUAAAUCUGUAUUUCAUAUCUUAUAGGACAACAGAAAUCUGCAUGACUUGGGGCAAAACUUGACUUAGAUGAUGUAAAUAAGUCAUGUUUGCAUAUACUGGUCUGAAAUUGCUUGGACAUUGGUGAUUAUAUGACGAUGGGAGGGAGACUUGAGCAGAGUGUACUAUACUUGAAUAUGCAAUCUCAUCAAUUAUGAUAAUGAUAAUGAUGAUCACAUUCUGUUCUUUAAAGCACAUAACACAUAGACACAGCUACACAUGUCCCUAUGCACUUAUAUAAAAUUGAGAAAUAAAAUAAGUCAUUAAUGAGAGUCAUUGAGUCAGUUGAUAACAAGUCAUUUAUACAAUGUUACCUAAUGCACAUAUUUUAAUGUGCAGUUCCAUUGGUGACUGAACUUAAGUUAUGGAUGAGUUUUAUUAUACACAUACUUUGAUACAAUAUAUCAUUGAUUACAAGUCUUGUAAUAAGUGUGACUUAGGUCAUGAUUGAACUUUAGUACACAUACUUUGAUAUCAUAUCUCAUUGAUUACAAGUCUUGUAAUAAGUGUGACUUUGGUCAUGAUUGAACUUUAAUGCACAUACUUUGAUAUGAUAUCUCAUUUAUUACAAUUCUUGUAGUAAGUAUGACUUAAGUCAUGAAUGAACUUGAAUACACAUACUUUCAUAUGAUAUCUCAUUGAUUACAAGUCUUGUAGUAAGUGUGACUUAAGUCAAGAAUGAACUUGAAUACACAUACUUUGAUAUGAUAUCUCAUUGAUUACAAGUCUUGUAGUAAGUGUGACUUAAGUCAUGAAUGGACUUUAAUACACAUACUUUGAUAUGAUAUCUCAUUGAUUACAAGUCUUGUAGUAAGUGUGACUUAAGUCAUAAAUGAACUUUAAUACAUGUACUUUGAUAUGAUAUCUCUUUGAUUACAAGUCUUGUAGUAAGUGUGACUUAAGUCAUGAAUGAAAUUUAAUACACAUACUUUGAUAUGAUAUCUCAUUGAUUACAAGUCUUGUAGUAAGUGUGACGUAAGUCAUAAAUAAACUUUAAUACACAUACUUUGAUAUGAUAUCUCAUUGAUUACAAGUCUUGUAGUAAGUGUGACUUAAGUCAUGAAUAAACUUUAAUACACAUA